CAUCCCAGUGUGAGAGCGCUGGAGCACAGAGUGAAAGUCCCAAUCCCACCAUCUAUUCACUUAUUCAUUCAUUCAUGGAUGCAGCUUGAAUGACCCCAACUGCAGCAAGAUGCAUGUGAAACCUUCUCUAAUUCGUUCUUUAUGCGCAAGACACAGCAGAAGAGGAAGAGGCUCACAGAGAUGUGAUCGCUGUGUUGCCUCAGUCUGCAAUUAAGGAGCUGGAACCGAGGACACGACCCUGGGACCCGACGGUUGGACAGUCCCCACUGGAUGCUGGGAGAGACGUCCACAAGUUGUCACCCCUAGGUUACUGCUCACACUUUUCCACUUUUCUUCCUCAAAGAGGAGUUGAGAGAAUAUUUAUCCAGACUGGCUCUAUGGAACAACACGGCCGUGGAAAAUGUCAUCACAGCCCUACAGGAUUAGACUUGUUGGAUACUCAUUCAGCUAUACAGUGAGAUGACCCAAGGUGACAGUGGAGAUGCCGAAGAGAAGAGACAUUAUUGCCAUUGUGCUGAUUGUGCUACCUUGGACGCUGCUCAUCAGUGUAUGGCACCAAAGCAACAUCACCUCUGUCCUCGCUGCUCAAAAAGGUAACACAAUCAGUAGUCGCUCAGACUCCCGAGCAUUAAAGGAAUCCCUCUCACUUCAGAACCGUGACAGCGUUCACGUUGUCCAGACCGAGUAUGUGUACAUCCGGCCCCCACCCUGGUCCGAAACCCUUCCUACUCUCCACAUCAUCACUCCUACUUACAGCCGCCCAGUGCAGAAGGCUGAACUCACUCGUCUGGCCAACACUCUGCUUCAUGUCACCAACCUGCACUGGAUCGUGGUGGAGGAUUCCCAGAGGAGGACUGCUCUAGUUAGCCGCUUCCUUCAGGAAACGGGGCUUAACUUCACCCACCUCAACGUGGAGACUCCUCUGAACUAUAAAACCAGAGGGGAAAGCAGGAACACCAGAGUACCCCGUGGUACGCUGCAGAGGAACCUGGCCCUGCGGUGGCUUAGAGAGACUUAUCCUGUAAACUUUAGCAAGCCUGGAGUCGUUUAUUUUGCAGAUGAUGACAACACGUACAGUCUACAGCUGUUUGAAGAGAUGAGGUCCACGAAAAAGGUGUCUGUGUGGCCCGUUGCAUUUGUGGGUGGCUUACGCUACGAAUCACCCAAGAUAAACGCUCUAGGCAAGGUGUAUGGCUGGAAAACUGUAUUCGACCCACACCGACCUUUUGCCAUAGACAUGGCUGGGUUUGCAGUGAACCUAAGCCUGAUUCUAACCAAACCUCAGGCUUAUUUCAAAUUGCGAGGGGUGAAAGGAGGAUAUCAGGAGAGCAGCUUACUAAAGGAACUGGUGACUCUGAGUGAGCUGGAGCCUAAAGCUUCAAACUGCACUAAGGUAUUAGUAUGGCACACACGGACAGAGAAACCGGUGCUCGUAAACGAGGGCAAGAAAGGAUUUACAGACUCUACUGUGGAGAUCUGAUGUACUUGAUCUGACAAAGGUCUCAUUAAGUGUAUCCAGGAUGUUUCAGGAAGGAGAACUUCUUAGGAAUCUGCCUGGAUUCAAAUCAACUGCAGAGCUUCUUUGGCCACAAGUAUAACGGCACAAUAGCAGCACUUAACAUUGUCUGCAAAAAUGGAGGCAGCAAAAUAUGUGCAUGGACUGAACUUUGCACACAAACUUUGAUGUCUGUUCUGCUGUGGGAGACACUGGGCUGACAGUGGAAGGAGCUGCCAAAUGGAUUCCGCCCAGUACGAUCUGCAUGGGGAACUGAGACAAAGGAUGUUACCCAACAGACUUGAGAAAGAGCUGGACCAGCAUGCAAUAAAGAACCCUCUCAGCAGAGACACCAGCAGCCAGGCACCCAAUCAGCUCUUAAUAGGGCCCCUUUGUUCUGGGGCCAGCGGGCUGUCGGGCACAGGGCUGCACACAGGAAUACAAGAACUCCUUGUUUGAAGAAAUGCAGCUAUGACUGGCAGACUGAGAUCAGAGCACACUGAGAUCUGAGCCAUUCUCUAAUAGUACUGUAUAAGACCAGUCUGUUUAACCACCCUGAACCCCUCACUAAUGAGGAGUUGCAUACAUUUACUUGAUCAGCUGGCAGACACACAGCAUGAUGUGAGGAUUCACUGUCAAACAAGAGCAACCUUUACCUUCAUGUAUAAUCAGUACCUCCUGUAAAGAGAAGAUUUAGCUAAUGGUGUGUAGACUUGAAAGGUUUUCUGAUGAUUUGACUGCAUUUUCAGUUCAUAUUUUGGAGAAAACCUUUGGGAAUAUAUGGAAUACAGAGCCACAACUCCUAACAGUGGAAUUGAAAACUUCUCUAUCAAUUUCCAAUUUUUCUCAACAAGUUUUUCAACUGUUGAUUUCUUAUGAGACAGAACUGCAGUAGCACCUCUGAAACAUGUUAACACUGGCAGGUCCUGGCAUUGAGCAGCUUGGUUUGCUCUCUAUGUGACAUGUAUUUGGUACCAUUUCAGUUCACAGAAACAACUAUAUAGGUGUCAAGAGAAGGCCAUUGACAUGUGUCCAGUAAAAGGCAUUUUCGUUUUUACAAAUGUGUUUGUAUUUAUUUUAUUCUCUGUUAUUUAUGCAUGAAAAAGAAGCCUAAUGAUUAAACUAAGCUGUCAAUCUAACACAUGGUGGUAACUCAUUAACUAGGAACUCCUGGCUGUGAUAACUCCUCUCUGAGUGAUUCCACUGUAAACAGAAAAAAUAAUAAAAACAAAAAAUGUUUUAAUUAA